AGGCUGCAAUUCUUUAGCAUUGGCCACGGUAGCCGCAAUUUUCAACAAACGCAAACAUCUGGGCAAAAUUUUGGCUUAUUUUAAUUCAGAUUCUGAGUUCUGACACCAACACAGAACAGCCCUCAAACUAAGGACCCUUUUCUUUCUUUCUGUCUUCUGAGUCAAUGGCGUCAGCUUUUUUCACUAGAGCUCUCUUGCUUCACCGUCUUGUUCACUCGUCAAUCUCCAAGCCGCAAGUUUUAACUUCAUUUCUCAAUAAGAGACUGUAUUACUCACAGCAUGGCCCCAAAUAUACACCAGACAAGACAUCGUCUAUCGAAACACCUCGUGUUAUGGCUUCCUCAGUAGUUGGUACAAGGUCUUAUUAUUCAGCAUUAGCCAUGUCCACAAAUGAACCUGUUGUCUCUGUUGAUUGGCUACAUUCGAAUCUCAGGGAACCUGAUUUGAAGAUUUUGGAUGCAUCUUGGUACAUGCCAGAUGAUCAGAGAAAUCCUAUUCAAGAGUAUCAGAUGGCUCAUAUUCCUGGUGCCCUAUUCUUUGAUGUGGAUGGAAUAGCGGAUCAAAAUUCUAAUUUGCCACACAUGUUGCCAUCAGAGGAAGCUUUUGCUGCUGCUGCUUCUGCUCUUGGCAUCCAGAAUAAGGAUGGGGUGGUUGUUUAUGAUGGGAAGGGACUUUUUAGUGCAGCUCGUGUCUGGUGGAUGUUCCGAGUCUUUGGGCAUGACAGAAUCUGGGUGUUAGAUGGAGGCCUUCCAAGAUGGCGUGCUUCAGGAUUUGAUGUCGAAUCAAGUGCUUGUGGUGAUGCUAUUUUGAAAGCUAGUGCUGCUAGCGAGGCAAUAGAGAAAGUAUAUCAGGGACAUGUAGUUGGGCCAGUCACAUUCGAGACAAAGUUUCAGCCACAUCUUGUCUGGUCACUUGAGCAGGUUAAAGGAAAUAUUGAGGAAAAAGCUUACCAACAUGUAGAUGCCCGUUCAAAGGCCAGGUUUGAUGGUGCUGCACCUGAACCUCGUAGAGGAAUAAGAGGUGGUCAUGUCCCUGGAAGCAAGUGUAUUCCUUUCCCGCAGAUGUUGGAUGCUUCUCAGAUGCUGUUACCAGCAGAUGAGCUAAAGAAGCGAUUUGCGCAAGAAGGCAUUUCACCGGACAAACCUGUUGUAGCCUCAUGUGGCACUGGCAUAACUGCAUGCAUUCUUGCAUUGGGUUUGCACAGACUUGGGAAGUCUGAUGUCGCAGUCUAUGAUGGAUCAUGGACUGAAUGGGGAGGUCACGAAGACACACC